GAGACGAGUUUUUUAUAUUCAAAUAUCUUUGUGCUCUAAAGCAGCGCUCGUGAUUCACGCUCAAUGUGUGAAACGGAUGGUACUCACUGUUCACUGAAGUUGGGGAGCUACUGAUUGUCUGGAUGUAAGUGACUCAAAGUGUGCAGGCAAAGAUGAUGAUGAUGACCGCUGACGAUGAGCAUCAGUGACUAUGAGGGAUGAAAGAACUGGGAAAAAAUGGAGGAAAACAUUGCUGCACAUGUAACAAAUGAGGCAUCUCAAGAGUUAGUUCCUUCAAUUCAGGCUGUGGUUCAUCAUUUCCAUCCCAGCUUCUCUGCUCAGAGUGGCGGCAGUGUGGUCGCUCCCUCCUUCAUCGGUUCUAAUGUGGGCAACAUAAACAUCAAUAUCGUAUCAACAACACAAGAGUCUGUUGGUUCAUUAAAAGAAGCAUUGAACACUGAUAACACAGUCAGCUGUGCUUUGCAGCAGCUAACUGAUAAGAUUGCAGAAUGUCAGCAGAAACUGAAAUCCACUCUGAAGAGGAAGUUCAGUCACUUUCUCGAGGGAAUGGCGACGGAAGUGGACAAAAUAUCUCUCGAUAAAAUCUACACUGAGCUCUACAUCACUAAGGGGGGAAGUGGCGAAGUCAAUAAGGAGCAUGAGGUGAGGCAGAUUGAGACAGCCUCCAGAAUCCAUGUGGCGCAGGAGAAAUCAAUCCACUGCAAUCACCUGUUUGUUCCUCCACUCGGACGAGACGGUCACAUAAGAACCGUGAUCACGAGAGGAGUAGCUGGCAUCGGGAAAACCGUAUCCGUCAAUAAAUUCACUCUAGAUUGGGCAGAGGAGAGAGCAAAUACAGACCUCAAGUUUGUGUUCCCUCUUACUUUCCGAGAGCUGAAUUUGAUGAAGAAGAAACCCUUCAGCCUAGUGGAGCUUCUCAGUGUCUUUUUCCCUGAAGUAAAAGACACAGGAAUCUUUACUGACGAUGAAAACAAAAUGCUUGUCAUCCUGGACGGUCUGGACGAGAGUCGCCUCUGCUUGGACUUCCACAACAGUGAAAUAAUGUCAGAUGUGACACAGCCAACCCAAAUUGCUGUGCUUCUGACCAACCUGAUCAGAGGAAGACUGCUUCCUUUUUCACUUGUUUGGAUCACGUCACGCCCAGUGGCGUCCAGUCAAAUCCCGUUGGAGUACAUCGAUCUGGUGACUGAAGUUCGAGGGUUCAACAACCCCCAAAAGGACGAAUACUUCAGGAAGAAAAUAUGUGACGAGAGCUUAGCAAACCGGGUAAUCACACAUGUGAAAUCCUGCAGGAGCCUUCACAUCAUGUGCCACAUACCGAUCUUCUGCUGGAUGGCGACGAGCGUUCUUGAGAAGAAGUUGGCGGUGGAAAACAGCAAAGAUUUGCCAGAAACUCUCACUCAGAUGUACAUACACUUCUUGUCUUUGUAUGUGGAGACCAUGAAGAAGAGGCUUCCAGGAAGAAGACAGUCAAAUGUUGACAGCGUGAGAGCAAACCUCCUCUCCUUAGGUAAACUGGCUUUCAAAGAGCUCGAGAAGGGCCACCUGACCUUCUACGAGAGCGACCUCAAACUGAAUGGUAUAAACGUCUCGCAGGCGUCCAUGUUUUCUGGAGUCUACACUCAGAUCUUCAACGAGGAGGUGACACUGUGUGAGGAGAAGAUGUUCUGCUUUGUGCAUCUGAGCGUUCAGGAAUUCUUUGCCGCAUUGUACGUCUUCCUCAUGUUUCACAACCACAACGAGAACGUCCUGGUGAAGAAGACGUCCACUUCACGCCCUUUCUUUCUCAGGGAGUCGUCUGAGCUCAUCCUCUACAAAGAAGCAGUAGAGAAGGCUCUAAGGUGCGAAAGUGGACAUUUUGACAUCUUCCUGCGCUUCCUUUUUGGCCUUUCUCUGGAGUCCAAUCAGAAGCUGCUGAAGUAUCUAAUGACCAACAACAGAACACACCAGAGGACGAGACCUGAAAUCAUUAAACACAUAAAGGAGAGGAUCAGGGUCAGCCCCUCCCCAGACAGGUGCCUCAAUCUCUUCCACUGUCUGAAUGAGCUCAACGAUCACUCUCUCGUAAAAGAGAUUCAGAGCUUCCUCAAUUCAGAAAGCCUGAACAAAGUCAACCUUUCACCUGCCCAGUGGGCAACUCUGGUGUUUGUGUUGCUGACUUCAGAAGAAGAGCUGAGCGAGUUUAAACUGAGCAAAUACAGCAGAUCGGAGGAAGGUCUUCUGAGGCUGCUGCCCGUGGUGAAAACAGCCCAAGUCGCAAACCUAAAUGCCUGUAACCUCACAGUGACCUGCAGUGAAAUCCUGGCAAAUGUCAUCAGUUCAUCCCAGCUUCAAGAGCUGGACUUGAGUAACAACAACCUGACAGAUGCAGGACUAAUGCAGCUCUCUGCUGGACUGAAGAACAGCAAUCUGGAGACACUCAGACUGAAGAGCUGCAACCUAACAGAGCACAGCUCUGACUGCAUGGCAUCGAUCCUCAGAUCUGCUUCUUGUCAGCUAAAGGAACUGGACCUCACUGACAAUGACCUUCAAGAUGUAGGAGUAUUACAGUUCUGUGGUGGACUGGAGAGUCCUCAGUGUAAACUGGAAAUACUCAGUCUGUCCCUGUGCAGAGUGACAGAGGAUGGCUGCACUUUCCUGGCAUCUGCUUUGAACUCGUCCCGUCUAAAAGAGCUCGACCUGAGCUACAAUCAUCCAGGAAACUCAGGCCUGAGGCUGCUGUCUGCUCUACUAGAGGAUCCACGAUGUAGUCUGGAGAAACUCAGUGUGGAGCACUGUGGUGAAUCCAGGAUUCAGCCAGGUCUACAGAAAUAUACCACCAAACUCACCCUGAACCCAAACACAGCACACAAGGAUCUUUCUCUGUCCGAGGGAAACAGGAAAGCAACCCGUUGGACCAAUCAGCGGUAUCCCGACCACCCGGAGAGGUUUGACUUCUGGACUCAGGUGCUGUGCAGGGAGGGACUGACUGGACGGUGCUACUGGGAGACGGAGUGGAGCGGGAGGCUCUUCAUAGGAGUGGCCUACAGAAGGAUGCAUAGGAAGGGAGAAGGUCAAGACUGCUGGUUAGGCCGAAAUGACUUCUCCUGGGCCCUGAGCUGCACCAAGGACGGCUACAGGGCUUUGCACAAAGACACCAACACCGCCAUCCCUGGGACACCCACCUCCAAUAAAGUGGGAGUCUUCCUGGACUGGUCAGCGGGGACACUGUCGUUUUAUAGGGACUCCUGUGGUUCACUCACACUCCUCCACACCUUCCGCACCACCUUCACCGAGCCGGUUUAUCCGGGGUUUCAUCUCGGCUGGGUGGACUCCACAGUGUACUUGUGCUGAACUACUCAAGCAGAUAUGUUUGCUUAUAUUUUUCCUGGUCAGGAGAAACUGGUGUCUUAGACUUCAGAGGGCUGCACUACAAAGCAGGUUUGACAUAGUCGGGCUUUCUUUAUGAAAGUUAUUUUUUGGCCUUUUGUUGGCUUUAUUAGACAGGUUAAUAGAGAGGCAGACAGGAAAGUAGGGAGAAGAAUGGAGGGAAGACCUGCAGCAAAGGGCCAUGAACUGGAAUCAAACCCAGGCUGCUGCGUCGGGGACUAUAGCUCCUGUUUAUGGUCUAGUGGGGCUUUCUUUGUGUAAGUCGGUUUGACUGAAACUAAAGCCCCAGUCGAAGACAACAGGUAUGAAGGGGGUUAGUAACUUUCUUUGUUAACUCAGGCUUUCAGGCGUCAAAUUUUGUACGCGUUAACAUAAAAGAAGGCGUCAUUUGACUCUUCUUCUGCACAAACUGAAAUGAUCUGGUGCAGCUUGUUUUAACCCUCGUGUCGUCCUGCAGGUCAAAAUUGACCCGGUGUAAUGUUUGACAAUGUGGAAAAAGAAAUAUUUUUACAGUUAAACUUCUGAUGUCCACAUUUUCAACAUUUUUGGGAAAUCUUUGAACAUUUCUUUUGAAAAAAAAAACAUGAACAGCUCUAUACAUGACAUGUGCAGCAAUAUGAGCAGACUGUGUUUUGGUAUUAUUAUUAUUAAAUCACAUUUGUAAUGAAAAAUAAAUUCUUGAGUGAAGUCAUGAACGGAAGAAUCACAAAGAUGAGUUUCACUUUUAACAAUCAUUUUAUUAGCAGUCCCAAGAGGCAAUGAAAAAAAAGAAUCAAAGAAAAGAAAAGGGACAGAAAUUAAGAUUACAGUCAAGACGGUGGGUCAAUUAAAGUCAGUGAACAGAAAGACGGAACAGAGGGCUGCACACACACACACCAAACACACAAAAAAAGAAACAGAAAGUGAUAACUAAAUGUAAUCUCAUGGGUAGUGUGUGUGAGUGUGUGUGUGUGUUGGCUGAUCCCUCUGUUCCUCACGAGAAAUUCACCAGGACUGACCCCACAUUCACACUUGCACACAAACAUAUCAAAAAGCCUGUUUUCCCCUCUUCAGUAAAAGAUGAUUUUAUAUGCAUACAUGCAGCAAAACCAGCAGAGCACAGCCUGGGCUUUGCUUCCACCCUGUCUUCAACAGGCACAGCUGUAGGACGGGAGACGAAAAACGAGUGUGACCUUAUCAGGAAGACAGUUGUUCUCCACACUGAUACCACACUAAUGACAAAGUUUUAUAUUGUGGUAAAUGGAAGGAGGUUUAUUAGAAUGGCUUUAUGCAUACUGUAUACUUUUGUCUCACGUUAGAUAAAGAAAAUUGUAAAAUCAAAAUGAACCCCUAAAGCUCAAUAUUUUAGCCAGGCAUUAUACUUUCCAAAAAACUUACAGCGCCCUCCAUAAUUAUUGGCGUCCCUGGUUAAGAUGUGUUGAAAACCUUAAAAUAAAUUCAGUUUUUAUUGCAGAAGCAAACUCUCACACUGAAAAUUGUAGAAAAAUGUAUUAUAGGAGAAGAUUAGGUGCUGUUUUGUUGGUAAAUAGGGGGUUGUACAAUGUAUUAACAUUAGUGGUGCUAAUAAUUGUGACACACAUGAUUUGAUGUAAAAGAAUUAUUUAUUAAUGUGUGAUUUUUUUUCCCCCACUGAAUAAAUGCACUUGAAUUAAA